AUGCCACCUGCGGCGACACCCCAAUCUGUGCAAGGAGUACAGGAUGACGAAGAUGAGGAACUUAUUCAACAAGCCCUGGAUCCGCAGACAUCGCUUGAUUUCAAUCGUGACCUAGAACCAGGCGAGAAAGCCGAGGAUGCUAUGGAUUUUGAGGAUCUAAGCGAUAAUGAUCUAGCUGACGACGAUGAACCGGGGUAUUCGGGGGGAAAGGCAAAUGCCCCGGAUGAUUUUGCGGGUGGAGCAAAUUUUGAAACUCGUGGACCUGGAUAUGUUGAUGAAGCACACGCGGAGAAAACCUUUGACGAUUUAUUUGGCGAAGAGACGUUCGCUUCGAUCAAAGCCCCAGAGGACGACCAUACUAAUACAGCAACAGAGAAUCAGGCGUCGUGGCCUGUCUUGAACUCCUCACUCCAGCAAGACUUUCCUCGCGCUGGAGAUACCGAUCGCCACCAACUGCAGCAGGAACUCUUCGCCCUCUCGCGGUCCGCCUAUGCUGCUCAUGAUGGGUUGCCAGAACCGCCAACCAAUCGCAACGAGCUACUCACAGCUUUGUGGCCAAACUUUGAGCACGGUUCCAUACCGAAAUUCAUGAACUUGUUGCCACCCAAAAAAGCCAGGCAUUUAGGCAAGCACAUCACCAAGCCCCCUCGGCCUCUCAAUCCCACCAAGGUGAAUCUUGAAGUUGCUCAGGACCAAGAAAAAGCGUUCAGGGUACUUUCAGAGCCUCAGGAAGCAAAAUACAGCAAUAGAAUCAGACUUGGGUUAGUUGCGACACAGUUAGAAGCUUCCGACACUGAUAGCAACGAGAGCGAUCUCGAGGACGACGAUGACUUGGAUAGCCACAUUAUACAUGGAACAUCAUGGCAUGAUCUACAAAUUCUCUGCGAAGACUGGAAUGACUCAGCGUCCUCUGGGUUCACAGAUUCUGAAACCAUCGAAGCCCCAGAUAGCAAUCGGACCGAUUACAUCAAUUCUGAGAACUUUGACAGCGCAGGCGCAUAUUGCAUCUUGGAGGAUGUUACAGGACAACCACACAGGCAAAAGGAUGUUGAUGAUGUGCUACGACGGCAAGUUCGUAAGAUGCCGAGUGUCUUUGAACCCGAGCUAUCGACCACGCACGUUGCGAAAAAAGCAAAAUUAGACCUCAAUGACCCACACCUGCUCUUCGAAACGGUCCCCACCUCAAGAGCUUCUUUUCAGGCAGGCAAAUAUCCCGGUCAGAACAAUGGUAAUCAUCUGGUAUACCCAAAAAGCUUGUCUUCUCGAUAUAAUAUUUCCAACGACGACGCUUACGAUCUACUCAAAGAGAAUCACCAGCAUAAGAUACGAGGAAUGUUGAACACUUCUCAUGUUGAGCAUAGCAUGGCUGCCAUUCGUCUCCAGUGGCCUUUCUAUAAAACGCGACUGGAUAAACAAGAACUUCGCGCUUUUCAUCGUCCAAGGCUACGGAUGAAUCGUCAAGAGCAAAUCUCUUUCGAAAAACCCAAUUUCGUGAAAAGAAAACAUACGAAGGGCAAAGACGCACGAACACUGUUCUUCAACACAAGAGACUUAUCACUCAGCGACAAUUCCACGGCCUUGUUAUUAGAGUAUUCGGAAGAGUUCCCGACUAUGCUUUCAAAUCUGGGCAUGGGUAACAAAGUGAUCAACUAUUACAGGAAAAGAAGCACCGAGGAUAGCUUCCGUCCCCGAAUGGACAUUGGUGAGUUGCAUGUCCUGCUCCCACAAGACAAAAGCCCCUUCUCUCUCUUUGGCCACGUCGACCCCGGAAAAGUGACUCCCGCCAUCCAUAACGCGAUGUAUAGGGCGCCUAUCUACAAGCACGAACCUACGGGGUCAGAUUUCUUGGUUGUCAGAGAUAGUACGGGUGUCGAGGGUUCAUCAUGGUUUCUUCGAAACGUUGAGCAUCUGCAUGUGGUCGGCCAAGAAUUUCCUUUGGUUGACGUGCCAGGGCCGCAUUCUCGGAAAGUGACCACGGCUGCGAAAAAUCGCCUCAGGAUGAUCUCGUACCGCAUUGCUCGAAAGAAUAGGAAUCAGCGGAUGAACGUUUCAUCGGUCACGACGCACUUUAUGGCUACGACGGACAUGCAGAUUCGACAGAAGAUGAAGGACUUCAUGACGUUCGACAGAGACCACAAAGAAUGGAGAAUGCAGCCCGGUGAGUCGAUACCCGAUGAAGAUAUUGUGAGGGCAAUGGUAAAGCCAGAGGAAGUCUGCUUGCUUGAAUCUAUGCAAGUAGGACAGCAACAUCUUCAAGACUCUGGAUUUAGCAAAGAUGACGACGACGAAUCUGCAGAGGAAAACACAAAUGUGGGCGAGAACAUAGAGCAGCUAUUGGCACCAUGGUUUACGUCUCGGAAUUUCUUAAACGCCUCCCAAGGAAAGGCUAUGCUCAAAGUGCAUGGUGACGGGGACCCUUCGGGCCGUGGAGAGGCUUUCAGCUUUAUAAAGACCUCAAUGAAAGGAGGCUUUCGGGCUGUUGGAGAAAGCGUGGCAGAACGAUUACGGAAGCAAAAGAUGAAAGACUCGGACAAACAUGGCUAUAAUGUGCAGGAUCAGCAGGAUCAAUACGAAGAAUCCAUUCGCCGAGUUUGGGAUGCUCAGCAGCGGUCUUUGUCAUCGACUUUGGCGCAACCUGACUCGGACAAAGAGGACGAAGGGCUCGGGGAGACGUCGGAAGAUCUUCAUAUAGAAAGUCCCCGCUCGGGAGGACGGAACUCCGGAGCCAAACCAGGCUGGGAAGAUGACAGUGCUAGUCAGUCCACCAAAUGGAGCGCAACCAGCCAGGCUGGUCGGAUCAUGGAGAUCUCGCGCGUUGUGCAUGAUCGGUACGGAAACGAGGAGGAGGUCAAGGACAUCAUCCGGAACCCACGUGUAAUUCGUCAGUACCUGCGCCGUAGGCGGGCUUUAGACUCGGCAAACGAAGAUGUACUUGACAUCAAGCUAGGAGAGGAUGCUGCAGAAAACAAGCGCAAGGAGCAAAGGCUCAAGAAAGAGUUAGCACGUUUGGAACGUAAUAAAGAUCGAAGGAUUGCUCGAGAUAAGCAGAAGGGAAUUUACGGGGACGGAAAUCCCGAUGGUGAUGGCUCACCAACGUCUCCUGGCGACCCUCCAGCCAAAACCGGAGUGACAAAGCGUAAAUGCGCCAACUGCGGUUUGGUUGGUCACAUCAAAACAAACAAAAAGUAA